CCCCGGCCGCGACCCGCUGCUGCGGCCCGCGGCGGCCCGGCGCUCGGAGGCCCGGAAGCUCUUAAGGCUGGCGCACCCCGAGCGCUGGAGACUGACAGCUGCGGUUGGGUUUCUGGCGGUGUCCAGUGUCAUCACCAUGUCCGCUCCCUUCUUCCUGGGGAAGGUCAUCGACGUCAUUUACACAAACCCCACUGUGGACUACAGCUAUAACCUGACCCACCUCUGCCUUGUGCUCAGCGGCGUGUUCCUGUGCGGGGCUGCUGCAAACGCUGUUCGUGUCUACCUCAUGCAGACUUCAGGUCAGCGCAUUGUGAAUAGGUUGAGAGCAUCUCUCUUUUCCUCUGUUCUGAGGCAGGAGGUUGCUUUCUUUGACAAGACUCGCACGGGGGAACUGAUUAACCGCCUCUCCUCAGACACUGCACUCCUGGGGCGCUCGGUGACUGAAAACCUCUCAGAUGGGCUAAGGGCUGGAGCCCAGGCUUCUGUUGGCAUUGGCAUGAUGUGUUUUGUCUCACCUAAUCUGGCCACUUUCGUUUUGAGUGUGGUGCCUCCAAUAUCCAUCCUUGCUGUGAUUUAUGGGCGGUAUCUACGCAAGCUGACCAAAGUGACUCAGGACUCCCUGGCACAAGCCACUCAGCUAGCUGAGGAACGUAUCGGAAAUAUAAGGACUGUUCGAGCUUUUGGGAAAGAAAUCACUGAAAUAGAGAAAUACACCAGCAACGUGGACCACGUGAUGCAGUUAGCAAGGAAAGAGGCGUUUGCUCGCGCCGGCUUCUUCGGGGCAACUGGACUCUCCGGGAACCUGAUCGUGCUUUCUGUCCUGUACAAAGGAGGCCUGCUGAUGGGCAGUGCCCACAUGACCGUGGGUGAACUCUCUUCCUUCCUAAUGUAUGCUUUCUGGGUUGGAUUAAGCGUUGGAGGUCUGAGCUCUUUCUAUUCAGAGCUGAUGAAAGGACUGGGUGCCGGGGGACGCCUCUGGGAGCUGCUGGAGCGAGAACCUGCGCUUCCUUUCAAUGAGGGGGUCGUUUUAAAUGAGAAAAGCUUCCAGGGUGCUUUGGAGUUCAAGAAUGUGCAUUUCGCCUACCCAGCUCGGCCAGAAGUGCCCAUAUUCCAGGAUUUCAGCCUUUCCAUCCCGUCAGGGUCAGUCACGGCGCUGGUUGGCCCAAGUGGCUCUGGCAAAUCGACAGCUAUUUCCCUCCUCCUGAGGCUGUAUGACCCCGUUUCUGGAACUAUCAGUCUUGAUGGCCGUGAUAUUCGUCAGCUAAAUCCAGUCUGGCUGAGAUCCAAGAUUGGGACUGUGAGUCAGGAACCAAUUUUGUUUUCCUGCUCAAUUGCGGAGAACAUUGCUUAUGGUGCCGACGACCCUUCCCUGGUGACUGCCGCGCAGGUGGAGAAAGUGGCCUGCGUAGCCAACGCAGCUGCUUUCAUCCGAAACUUCCCUCAAGGAUUCAACACCGUGGUUGGAGAAAAGGGCGUGCUCCUUUCAGGUGGGCAGAAACAGCGGAUUGCAAUCGCCCGUGCUCUGCUUAAGAAUCCCAAAAUUCUUCUCCUGGAUGAAGCAACCAGUGCACUGGAUGCUGAAAAUGAGUACCUGGUACAGCAAGCUCUCGAUCGACUAAUGGAAGGAAGAACGGUGUUAAUCAUUGCCCAUCGUCUAUCCACCAUUAAGAAUGCUAACAUGGUGGCAGUUCUUGACCAAGGGAAAAUUACCGAAUACGGGAAGCAUGAAGAGCUGCUCUCAAAACCAGAUGGGAUAUACAGAAAACUAAUGAACAAACAAAGUUUUAUUUCAGCAUAAAGCAGCAAUUACUGGUACACUGAAUAUGAGAGACUUUAAAGCAAACCAGCAUUACAGGAAAAAAGAAGAAAUUCAGACUGUAUGAAAUCUUUAAAUCAUACUUCAAGUUAUUUGAAAUCUGCCUAUUUUUCCCAAAGUUCAUAAAAUAUUGUUUUGAGAUGUCCUUGUUCUCAAGACCUUUUUAUUCAGAGUUUUAGUAACUAUAACUUUCUAAAUGUCUAUAGCACUGAAGUUAUUUUCAGGUUUUAUAUUUUUAUCUUGGAAUAUUUUAAUUAAUAUAGCAUGGCACCUCAUUUUCUUUCAUCUGCUGUUUUAAAUUGAACCUAUUGUCAGAUGACAACUUUUAAGAGGGAAUUAUAAAUAAAGAGCCUAAUUAUUGUAGGCCAGUUUACCAGGCACUGUGUAAUCUCUUAGUGUUCUACUUUGGGUCUCAUUUUACCAGGUAGCAGAAUAGAAGGUGAAAAUGUAACCCUUUAGUUUAACCUGGUAGUCUCAUAGAGGAAACCUAAUAUAUAUACAGAAAUAGCUAACAUCACAUGGCGAGAAGGGAACAUUAAACUCCUCAUCUCUUCUGUCUCCAAAGGUGUGAAAGCUUAGGAAUAUGUGUUCCUCUGGGAUGAUACUGUGUUUGGAUGUGGGUAGUUUUCAACAUCUUUGGCACAUGAGAGCCUGGUGAGUUUUAAAAAGGGAAUAAGCCCCGUCCUUUGAAUAUGAAAACUUCUGUUUUCAUUGUUCACAUAUUUAUUUCUAUGAAUACUUUGGGAACUGAGACAUGAACUGGCAGAUGUCAAGAAAGAUGUAAAAAUGACUUCUACAUUUAUGUUGUCUGAAGGCCUGUACCUUGAAAAUUAUCUUUUAAAAGCUUAUAAUUCCUAGCCAAAUUUUACAGCUGUUUUUAUCAGUUAUUUAAAUAGUUUUGAAAUUUCACUCAGUGAGGCUAACAUCUGAAAUUAUUACUAUAACUGUAAUUUUCAACCUUAAAACAUUUGAAGAAAGUUUAGUUCUUGCCAUUCUACAGAGUAUCAAGAAACCCUAAGAACUUGUCACUCUUCUUCUGAAAAGAGGAAUUAACCAUUUUUCUUUUAUAUAUGGGUAUAUUUUUAUUCACCUAAAUGUCUCAAAAUUCCUAAAGUAAUGCUGACAGCCUUUGCAUUUGCCGUAUUUCAUAUCAGUGCUAUUAAUUUGCUGUUGCCUCAAGAAAAAGUACUUUUUCUACAUUAAUAAUGCCAGAACCUAAGAAGUAACUAUGUUGAUAUAAUUAAAAUGAAUGUUUUCUCAUAGACUAAGUAUUCGUUAGUUUCCUGAUUAUGCUGGAAGAAGAAACCACUAUUUCAUGGUCAGCAUGGAAUAUUACAUUUCAUUCUACGUAAGGGAAUCUGUUAAUGACUAAAGUGAAUUCAGUGGAUGAAUAAACUCAGUGUUCUUUGAAUCAGUAAACCAGACAUCUGUGACAAUCAUUUUAACAAGCUUUAUGUAUAUUUUUCAUGGUUUACUAUUAUGGUGUAGUUCUCAGAAAGCGGGUAAAACACAAUUACAAGGUUGGGUCUGAGGGAAAUCUCUGUGCCAUAGAAGUAUUUACAAAAUUGAAUUUGAUUGUUAUAUUUUAUUUUCUAAAACAACAUGUUCAGCUGUGUCCUUAAAGUAACAUUUUAUAUCAUGAAUUAAAAUUUAUAGUGAACUUGA